AACCACUAGACCAUGCGGGAUUAAAUCAAUUAUGCUCUAAUAACCAUGUAAUAACUUAAUACAAGGUAAAUACAAGGAAUAAAUUGCGUUUUUAAUAGUAACAGGAAUGUUGUUAAGUUGUUAAGGCUUUUGAUAGAAUACAUAGUUAUUUAUUCCACCUUUUUUUUUUUAUUUUUAAUUAUCUGUUUAAUUAUCUGUGCUGUUCUGCCCAGAUUGCGAAAACGGCCUGUUUACAACCGGAACAGCCGGAUUAUGUACGCAUGGUCCGAUUGUGUUUUUUUUGCACUGGUUAUGUCGUGGUGACCGGAUUAUGAACGCUGAUAUAAUGGCUGGCCAGGCAGGCUGUGAUUGGCAUUUUCUUCGAACUUUUGUGAAUUAAACAUUCUUUGGAAGAUAGAACACCCCUAAAAACUAGACAUGGCGAAAGAAAAAAGCAAGAUGUAAUUCUUAGUAUAAACUAUAUUUGUAGUAAAUACAUUUUAACAUAAUAUACUUUGAAGUAACUAAAUUUCACGGAACCUAAAUUAUUCUUUUUACGAAAAUUAAGUUUGGUGAAAAGUUAUUAAACUUGCGAAUCCCAAAAUUUAUUAUUUGCCACGAAAUUUCGUUUCAUUUGAGAACAACAACUACGGUGGCCCAUAAGAGAAGUUGGUCACGCCAAAAGAAAAUUGAUCACGUUAAAAGAAAAUUGAUCACGCCAAAAGAAUUAACUAAACAGUAAAAAAGAAACUAUUCGCGCCAGAAUGCAUUUGUCUCGUUUAUUCAGUGUCGGGUUAUCACAGCCUUAAUUAUAUAUUUGGGAAAACAAGAAAGGGUGAUAUACUGUGAUGGCACUCGUUUUCUUAUAUGUUUAUUGAAACAUGUAUUGUCAAUUUUGUGGUAAGGAACGAAAAAUCACUGCACUCUUCUGCACAAACUGUGGUAAAGCCAUGCCUGAAAUUCCUGCUGAAGACACCACAUCUCCUGAAUCCUCAUCAAAAACAUCAUCAAACGUUGCAGGACCAUCAACAAUUUCAAAAACUAUUUCAAGAGGAGAUAAAUCACUUACAUUUUUGGAAUUCACCAAAACCAAAUCCAAAAGUUGGUUUAACAAAGUGCAAAGAAAAAAACAAAAGUCAAAUGAAGUUGCCAUUAAUAUUGGUAUAUUAUUAUGGAAUGAACGGGCUGGUUCUGUUAAACCAAUUCGUGGGAAGCGUGUUUGCUUGCGUAUAAAUUCAGAUGCAAGUUAUGAAAGGAUUUAUUCCCAGGGUCUUCAAAGAAUGACAGAUUUCCAUAGGGAUAUUAUAGUAGAAAAUACGAACUAUCUGUUGGCAUUUGAAAGUGGUGAAAUAGCGUAUUUUAUCCCAGGCACUACUCAAGAAUUCAUUUUGGAAAAAUACAAGAAUGAAUUAGGGAAGGAGUACAAAAACAUCACACUUUAUUUGAUAUCAGAGGAUGACAAGAUAGUUUUGGAUAAACUUAAAAACAGCGCAUUCAAUGAUCAUGAUUUUGACCAGGACUUUGAAACAGCCCCCAAAAAAUUUAAAAUUGAGUGUAAAGAACAACAGGAAAUGGAUGAUGAAAUAUUUGCUUCUCAAGUUCAAGCUUUGUAUGAAUCUGAUUUUUAUGAAUUACCUGAUGUUCCUGAAUUUACAGAUAUACCAGAUUUACCUGAUAUAGUGAAUUUGCCCAAGAUUUUGGAGGAUAUGGGAAGAAAUAUCGAAGAAGGACAAUUCUUCUUGAAUAUUCGGAGAAAUUCAGAUGUGCAGAGAAUCCUUACUCUGUGGGCAAGACAGAAAAGCCAGUCACCUAAAAAAAGGCUUAUGGUUAGGUUCAUAGGAGAGAGUGGGAUUGAUUCAGGUGCUCUUAGUAAAGAAUUUCUUACUGAUGUUAUUAUUAAGAUUGGUGAAAAUAUGUUUCCAGGAGGUGCACCAAAGGACAGUAUGCUUGAUAUUCAGAAUAGUAAUUUUUUCUCUUGUGGUCAAAUCAUGGCAGUUAGUGUUGUUCAGGGUGGUCCACCUCCUAAUUUCUUUCACAAAAGUGUGUAUGAUUUGUUAUGUAAUGAUCCACUAGAUAUGAAGGAAUUGAAUGUAGAUAAAAACUUUGUGCAAGCUGAUCAAAUUAUGUUUGACCAAAUUAAGCAGGACCCAGAAGGACUUUCCUCCAUUAUCAUAGAUCAUGGUUACAGUGGAUUAAUCAACAAGCAACACAUUGAUGAAAUUUUGGAAACUGUUAUGAUCAGUAUAAUCUCAAGAAGACGAACUUACCUGGAAGAAGUUUCAAAAGGGUUAGAGCUCUUUAGUCUGCAUGCAAAGAUCAUGCAAAAUAAAGCUUUAAUGGAACCUUUAUUUGUUUGUAAAGAGAAUUCAGUUGUAGAUUCAAACUAUCUUCUUUCACUGCUGCAACCUGUGUUUUCUUCUGAUGAAGUAGCAGAAAAAAUUUUGGAAGAAAAAUUUCUUGAUUACCUACAAGACUUUAUAAACGAUCUUGAAGAUUCAAAAAUCGUUGGAAUUUCUAGUGAAGUCCUUGGUUGGUAUGACAACGAAAAUAUGGACGAAACAAUACCAUACGGUCACAAAGUUGAUGCUGAUUUGUCUACUGGUGGUUUGCUUGGAUGGUUAACCGGCCAAAAGCACCAUCCCCUUUUUGAAAAAGAUUUCAUGAUCACAGUUUUGUUUAACCAUGACUGCUUUGUGGCAUAUCCUAACCAUAGAAUUUGUUUCCCAGUUGUCAGUGCGUGCAGCAGGGAGUUAACACUACCAACACAACACUGCAAAUCUUAUGAUGAAUUUAAAGAUAACUUCCUAUUGGCUAUUUCAAAAGGCCAGGCUUUUGGCCUCAGUUAAAAACACUUUUGUGAUAUAUUUUAUUGAGUAUGCAUAAAAUUUAUGUUGGAUACGUUUUGUUUGUUUUUGUUUGGAAUUUCGGACAUUAUAUUUUCUACAACUUAUAUAUUGCACAUGAUACUUUAUGAUGUGUAAAAACAAAACUAAUAGGUUUGAGGAUAUUUUUACAAUUUUGUUAAAACUGUUUGUGUUUCCACUUUUUAAUUCUGCAAGCUCGUUUGCAUUUGUUACU